CAGGUGUGAUAAUAACAAACAGCUGGCUGAGUUGAUCCUUUUUAAAGGAUGAAUGUUUGAUGAAGCAGGGCAGCUGCUUCAGUAAACACGUCAUCAAACAUAUCGAUCUGAUGCUGUUAUUGAUGAUUGAUCUGUGAUCAUGAUGAAGGAUGAACACCUCCACCUGCCGACGGCGUCCAGGUGACUCCUCCUCCUCCUCCAUCAUGGCGUCUGAUGCGUCUCCUCCAGGUGAGGAUGAGGAGAAGAGGAGGAGGAGGAAGAAGAGGAAGGAGGAGAGGAAGAUGGAGGUUGAAGUGGAGGACAUCGAGGAGUUAACCUCAGCGGGUCACAGAGCUCUGCAGGAGGGGCGGAGCCAAGACGCCGUCAGCUGCUUCAACUCUGCACUGCAGGCCGCACAGCAGCUGCAGGAUGGGCGAGUCCAGCGGGCCUGUUCCUUUAACCUCGGGGCGGCCUACGUGGAGGCGGGGCGGCCGCAGAAAGGUCUGGACUUCCUGCAACAGGCUCAGCCCGGUCCAAAGGCAGACCGCCUCCCUGACCUGCAGUUCAACCUGGGCCUGGCCCACAAUGCACUGGGGCAGAGCCAGGAGGCUGCAGCCGACUUCCUGCAGGCCGCUCAGCUGUACAGGUCGCAGGGAGACGGAGGCAGCGAGGGAGACGCCUGCAUGGAGCUGAGCCGCUGCUACAUCCGGACCCAGGACUGGUCUCUGGCGGUUGAGGGGUUCCUGCGAGCUGCAGAGAGUUACAGAGUGGCGGCCAUGUUGGAUUCUGCAGCUGCGGCCCUCAAAGAAGCAGGAAGUCACAUGAUCCAAUCAGAUCAGUUCAACCAGGAUGACAUCAUCAGCGUGUUGACUGAGUGCCUGAGUCUCACGGACAGCAUCACUGACCCGAGGAUUCUGGGUGAGCUGUACCUGUCGGUGGGCGUGUCUUACUGCCGGCUCAGGUGUUUCCAGGAGGGGGUGCAGUGUUUUGAGCGGGCUCUGGGUCCCUCCUCUCAGCAGCCCCCCCUGAUGGCCAAAGUGUUGCACAACAUGGGAGCCGCUCUGAACUCUGAGGGCCGAUUCAAAGACGCAGUCCCUUACCACCGCCUCGCUGCUGGACUGUACGGCUCCCUGGGGUGCCGUGGUGACCAGGCUCAGUGUUUCAGUAACCUUGGGUUCGCCUGUGGUCGGCUGGGCGAUGAGGAGGAGGCAGCAGAGAGCUUCAUCCUCGCUCUGCAGGGAUUCAGAGACACGGAGGACCACCAGGCGGAGGUUCAGGUGUGUGAGUCGUUAGCAGAGAGUUACUUGAGGCAGAGGAAGCAGCAGAAAGCGGUUCAGCUCUACAAACAGGCUCUGAGCGCGCUCACUCACUGCCAGGACUCAUCCGGUCAGGUUCGAGAUCGUCUGGUGGAACGUCUGACUGCAGCUCUGCAGCAGGAUCAGGUCACACAGAGGCCACGCCCACUGAGGCCACACCCACAUUACCCACCUGUCAGCCAUCCUGUCAGGAAGAGUGAUGUCACACAGAAUCCAGGCCGAUCAUCCAAUCAGCAACCAGGCCGUAGGAGGGGGGAGGGGCCAGAGCCGGACGCCACACACAGACAGGAAGCAGCGGGGCAUUUUCCAGGGGGCGGAGCCACUGAAGCACCUGACUACAUGGGCGUGGUACCUGGAUCUCACAGUUCAGAGCGGAGCGACACGCUGCAGGACGGUGAGCUGUGGUCAGACAGAGAGAACCCUCCCACUGACAGUGAAACAUCAUUGGUCCAGGAGAUACAGGCUCCACCCCCCCUCUCAGAUGACCUCACAGUGGCCACGCCCCCUGCAGCCAGGUGGAGGUCUCGGUUCUGUUCAGUGAUGUAGACUCACCUGAUGAUGUUAUUGACCGAGUUCUGACUCUGAAUAAAAGCUCAAUAAUUCCCUCA